AUGUUCACGAAUAGUCAGAGACAAGAAGAAAGAACUGGAAAAUAUGGAACCCCAAGACUCCAAUACCUUCAGGUAUUCGUUCUUCCUUUUCUUGAUAGCUUUUGUGAGUUGGUGACCAAGUUUCAGAAUGCAAACGAUGAAGAAACAAAAGAGAGGAUAGUUGCUAACUUGGCAAACUUUGCUUAUGAUCCCUAUAACUAUACAUUCUUGCGCCAGCUCAAUGUUUUGGAACUCUUCCUGGAUUGCAUGACGGAACCAAAUGAGAAGCUUGUGGAAUUUGGGGUUGGAGGAAUAUGCAAUUCUUGUGUUGAUCCAGCAAAUGCUGCAAUCAUCACUCAGUCCGGUGGCAUACCCCUCAUUAUCCAAUGUUUAUCAAGCCCAGUUAGAAACACUGUUAAUUAUGCUCUUGGGUCUCUCUAUUAUCUUUGUAACUCAUCUACCAAGGAAGAGAUUCUGAAGCCUGAAGUUAUAGAUGUUAUCAAGAGGUAUGCUGCAGCAGAAACGGUAAAUGUAAGCUUCAGUAAUCUGGCUAGAGCUUUCUUAGACAAGCAUGUGUAUGAAAACAAGUGA